UUCUUCCCUCUCACAUUAACUCAUAUCUAAGUUCAGUUCAUAAAAAAGAAAGCGCUAUAAUGGACAACAAAGAGAAAGAAGCGAGAGAGAAAUUAGGAGGAGAAGUGAAGCUUGGUCAUUGCUUGGAUGUUAUUUUGAAGAAUGCUGACGUAGCGCUGCACUAUCCCUCCUUCGUUAAGCUUUAUGACCAACUUGUUGCUGGGAUCCUCUUGAACAAGGGAGCUAUAAAGUACAUCUUUGAUAAGAAGUUAAACAGCCAUUGGUACUUUAUAUUUGCGAGAGCUCUCUCAAUCGCCUGGAUUGAAGAUAAAAGAUACUGGAAAUGGGGAUCCUGUGGCAAUAGCGAAGUUGCAGAACUUAUUGAAGUAUCUUGGCUGAACAUUCGUGGAAAGAUCAAUGAGUCUAUGCUCUCACCAAAUAUUGUGUAUGAAGUAGCACUUCAGGUACAACUAAAUGAUAGAGCCUCUGGCUGGGAUGCUCCUCUGAACAUUGAAUUGAAGAAGCCAGAUGGGAGCAAGAUAGUGCGCCAGGAAUGCCUGUCGGGGAAGCCACGAAACCAGUGGUUUGAGAUUGUUGUUGAGUACAAGGUAGGUAACCCUGGCUGUGGAAGUAGUGGCGAGAUCGAGUUUUCCUUUUUUGAACAUGGAGGGCAUUGGAAGAGAGGGCUGCUCGUGAAAGGUGUUCGGAUUGGAGCAAAGGGAUGUGGUUGCUCAUUGAAAAUAACAAAUGUGCCUGACUUAUCUUCAAAAUGUUGUAGCAAAGGAGGGGUUAUAUAUAUAUCCAUUCUUCCCUCUCACAUUAACUCAUAUCUAAGUUCAGUUCAUAAAAAAGAAAGCGCUAUAAUGGACAACAAAGAGAAAGAAGCGAGAGAGAAAUUAGGAGGAGAAGUGAAGCUUGGUCAUUGCUUGGAUGUUAUUUUGAAGAAUGCUGACGUAGCGCUGCACUAUCCCUCCUUCGUUAAGCUUUAUGACCAACUUGUUGCUGGGAUCCUCUUGAACAAGGGAGCUAUAAAGUACAUCUUUGAUAAGAAGUUAAACAGCCAUUGGUACUUUAUAUUUGCGAGAGCUCUCUCAAUCGCCUGGAUUGAAGAUAAAAGAUACUGGAAAUGGGGAUCCUGUGGCAAUAGCGAAGUUGCAGAACUUAUUGAAGUAUCUUGGCUGAACAUUCGUGGAAAGAUCAAUGAGUCUAUGCUCUCACAAAAUGUUGUGUAUGAAGUAGCACUUCAGGUACAGCUAAAUAGUAGAGCCUCCGGGUGGAAUGCUCCUUUGAACAUCGAAUUGAAGAAGCCAGAUGGGAGCAAGAUAGUGCGCCAGGAAUGCCUGUUGGGGAAGCCACAAAACCAGUGGUUUGAGAUUGUUGUUGAGUUCAAGGUAGGUAACCAUGGCUGUGGAAGUAGUGGCGAGAUCGAGUUUUCCUUUUUUGAACAUGGAGGGCAUUGGAAGAGAGGGCUGCUCGUGAAAGGUGUUCGGAUUGGAGCAAAGGGAUGUGGUUGCUCAUGAUCAAAAUAGUCUUGGUGUACACAAUCUCUCUUUCUCAAACUCA